AUGUCAGAAAAUCCACCUCGCGAGUCCGACAAGCGUGUCGAAGACAGACUCCAUGCUGCACCUGGAACUGAGAUACUCUUUGACAACAGCGACCAUGGAAGUAUCUCCGAUCGGCUUCACCAGCUGAAGCAUCGAUCGAGCGGGGAUGGACACAUGCUUCUAGUCCCCCAGCCGUCACUCAAUGAUCCGAACGAUCCUUUGAGCUGGUCUACUAUGAAGAAAAGCCUGACUUUGUUCAACGGCUGUUGGUUUGCAUUUAUGGGUGCAAUCACAGGUCCUAUCAUGGCAGCUGGAAUGAACCAACUCGCUGUGACCUUCGGCAAAAGCCUUCAGGAGCUCACAUACGCAAAUGGUGCUUGCUUGAUCAACCAGGGCGUGUGGAACUGCGUAUGGAUGCCAUUUGCUGUGAAAUAUGGUCGCAGGCCAGUCUAUCUCUUCUCGAAUAUUCUUAUGGCCAUUGCCUGUAUCUGGCUGGCCAUUGCAUCGGACAAGACCUACACCGUUUUCAUUGUGGGUCGUGCUUUUCUAGGAGCCUUCCAAGCCCCCAUCGAGUCAAUCGUCCCAUCAACAGUGACCGACAUGUUUUUCUUGCAUAACCGAGGUGAGCUGGUGGCUAUCUACGGACUUGCUGUGCUGGGCGGCAACGAGCUAGGACCUAUGUUCUCAGGGUUCAUCGUGCAGGCUCUUGGGAUGGGCUGGGCAUUCUGGAUCGUGACCAUCUUUAUUGCCGCUAACAUUGUCUGCAUGUUCUUUUUCAUGCCCGAGACCAAGUACACUGGACCUCGCCCCGAUCCGUUCCGCGCAAGUCAAGCAGGCGAAGAAUCCGACUCAAAAGAGCAGGUUUGGGUUCAGGAAACUAGGACUUUGCGCAAGAAGACUUUCGUGGAAGAGCUGAAGUUCUGGAAUAGUGGAGAUCCAAAUGUCAAUCUCUUCCAUGUGUUCCUUCGUCCAUUUGUUCUGCUGGCAUACCCCACUGUGAUCUGGUCAUGCCUCAUAUACGGAAUGGCUCUGAGUUGGAACGUCAUCCUCGGUGCCUCCGUGGCACAGCUAUUUGCACCACCUCCAUACGGGUUCAAUUCCAAUGGCCAGGGUCUCUUCUUUCUAUCGCCGUUUAUCGGUUCUCUUUUUGGUGUCUUCUUUUCUGGGCCGGGGGGUGAUUGGAUUGCCACAUUCUUCACCAAGCGCAACAAUGGUAUCCGGGAACCGGAGAUGCGACUGCCCACUUGCCUAUUGGCGGCGUUUUUUACUUUCUUUGGGGCACUCUGGUUCGGACUCUCGUACGAGCGUCAGAUGCAUUGGGCGAUGCCGAUUGUGGGGGCAGGUAUACUUUCGGUAGGAAGUCAAAUGGGCACUACGCUGGGAAUGAACUACGCCCUGGAUUGUCACAAAGAGCUUUCUGUCGAGAUCAUGGUCACUAUCGCCGCUUUGAAGAGCUGCAUUGCGUGGAUCUGGACCUGGGUCAUUAAUGACUUUAUCACUGCCAGCGGCGUGCUUAGUGUUUUUAUGACCGUGGCCGCAAUCAACGUGGCAGUAUACCUAGCAUAUAUCCCGUUCUAUCUCAAGGGCAAGGAGAUUCGAAUUUGGCUGCACCAGAAGGAUAUGCUUCGGGCUGCGGGUCUCAUCUAG